AUGACGAGCUUCCGAAGCAGGAAAGGGAAGGAGCCGGCUGCUGAAUCUUCAGGGGGUCCAGUGGUUGGCAACCCAGGAAAUGGUCCGAUUGAGAUAGUUGAACAAGGUUGCACGCUAAUCAUCGAGGGCAGCAGCAUUCCAGGGACACCACUAUUCAGAGCUAGGUGCGAAGGGAGUCGCUGCAUUGCAUUAAGAAAAACAUUGAAUGAUGCUUACAAUAUGCACAACACGCUGAACAAGUGUCAACACCCAAACUUGUUGGAGUCGAUCGGUGUUUGGCCGGACCCUAGCGACAAGAGUAAGGCAUAUAUUGUGGUCAAUCAUCUUGACAAUGCACUCAGCUCGCUUGAGAAGGAACAGCUGUUUCACGUAGAGAGGGGAUACCUAUGUGGCUUUUCGGAGCUAGGUUUCAAAGCGUUUCGGGAAAUAUUCUCGGCGAUCCACUAUAUCAACUCUUGUUACGAGGGCAGGGCUACAUCUAGUGCACGCAACAAUAAGAUUCAAUUGUUUCCCGUGAUGCUCGAACCGAAUAAUAUAUUUUUCCAGAUGGUGAAUGGCGAGGCUCGAAUAAUGGUGGGGAAUUUCAAAAUGGAGCUUUCGGAUGAGUACAUGAGGAAAGACCAAAGGAACCGCCCUCUCGUAACUAGAAGGGAAGAUAUAGAAGCAGCACACUGGAAUGAAGUUGGACGUUGUCUCAAAACCCUUUAUGGCACUCACCAAGUCAGUACAGAACUGAGGGAACUUGCUGAUUUCUUGAUACAAGGAGCAGUAACAUAUUAUGACCUACUUUGGCAACCAGGUAUAUGGGAUGCGCCCACCAAAAUGCAAUUUAUAAGAGAGAUAUUUCGGUAUCUCGAUGUGGAACGGAAGGACAAGGACAAUGACUCUUUCGCAUGUACUCCAAGAGGAAGAAUGUUAAUGAGGAAGAGUUCUCUUGUCCUCCUUGGAAUCAUGAACCAGUUUUCUCCACCAGUGGACAGGAACGACCAGGAACUGAAAAUUAAGGAUGAUCACUUGCUUGACUCAGUGUUAUUUCUCAGGAACAAGAUUGUUGCUCAUUACGAUGAAGAGUACCCAAAAUUUAAGGGUGACAAGAACGAAAUUGGAACUACAGAGGAAACAGUGGAGUGGUAUAUACGAAAGAGGAAGCCUGAGUACAUAUUAAAGCUUGCAAAGACUAUAAGGGGGUUGGGGUGGAUAUCCGAAUCUCCAGUUAUGCGCGGUGCGACUGAUUACAUGACAGCUUUCUCAAAAAUGAAGAUAUAG